CAAAUUAUUUCACAAUCAGAAAUAAUAUAUAUUGAAGCAGGGAGCAUUCCAAAAACAAGGAAAAGCAGAUGUACAAAAAGAACCCCACUACCAUUGCCUUAGAAAAGACCGCAACGAACUUUUCAAAAUUAAUGGUAGAUUUGACUAAGGCUUACCCUGAUCCAACUUUAACUUCAUGCAGGGUAAGCCAAGACCUCCUUGAGGCAUUCUUCCUAAAUAUUGCCAAAUCGAUUCGAAAGAGGACCAGAUCGCCUCCCGAGAUCGUGCAGUUGUGCAAUCGCCUGAGAAAUCUACAAAUAUAAAACCGGAUUUAAAACAGACAAUUACUACCGAUUAACAAACCUCCUUGAUUAUGAAAUUGAAGAAGAGCCCGAAGAAGACUACGCACCAUUCGGGAUCGAUGCAGAGGUAUUUAAGAAUCUCCAAAAACAUAAACAGACUGUACACGGCCUCCGGACUAAGUCACUAUAUCCGUGAGCAGCUAAAUUGCAGUCACUGCCUACACGACAUGACGGAGGAGGAGCGCGACUUCUGCAAAGAGGUGAUGGAUGAGAAGAUGACGAAAGACCCCAUAGACACCAUCAUCCUAACCAACAAACUCAUCAAGCCGGCAUUCCCAAAACCAGUAGUAAACGAUGCAUUCGAAAUUUUUUAUGCUGUGAUGCGCAAGUAUAUGCUCGAGGCAGAGAUAGGGAAACGCAUACAAGCUUCAGUGGUAGCAAAUAUUGAUUUCUUUAAAUCAGAUGCGUCAUGCGUUACCGGCAGAUUGCACCGACGAAAUUUGCUUGGUUUCAUCCUGACUAUGCUGCUAAAAACGAAAAACUGCAGAGAGUCUAUUGACAAGCACGUGUCUUCACACAGAUAAACAAGAAACGAUGCGCCGUCGCCAAUCUCCCAUAAGCCACCAAGGCUCAUUAAUACGUCCGCACUAUUGCUUCAGUACUAUAUAAGACUGCCGUAGGCCAAAUGGUAAAUUCGCGAUCAACUUAAUUUAUAAAAUUUUGAAACUACAAAAUUUUUUUUUUGCGAAUGAAGAUGUUAAUGACAGCCGCGCAGCAAGCUACUUUUUAAUUAUUUUAUAACUGUUAUUGUAAAUAUUAUUGUAGUUUUUAACUCAAGUUUAUAACGGUGUAGGCCUACAGGGGAGCCAGCCAUUCAAAAUAAUUGGCAACGCGCCCACAUGGUACCUCUAAGGUGAUGCGGAAAACCGUGAGAUUUUUUCUUUUUGUUUAUUUUUUUCAUCAGCUGUUUCUAGAGGAAUAGCAUUGGUUUUUGGAGAAAUGCGAACUUGACAGCACGACAUCAGCAAAAUAUGUUUAUCUUUUUAUUGUUGUACCGCAUUUAUCUUGUGAACAAUUUGAUAAACUUUCUGUGGAUAUAUAAGCCACAUAUAUCUGGGCUCGUUCUAUAUCUCAAAAACAAAAGUUAAUCCCAGGUCAUUGAUUAUUUUCAUUUAAAAUGAAGUGGACAACCAGCAAUGUAAAAAAUCCAUUUUAUACCGAAAAUCAUGAGUUUUACGUGGGUACACAAACAGGUUCUUUAAGUUAUCUUUUUAUCGGUUUGCGGUUUGAAGGAGAUGGAUGGUCGUAU